AUGGUCUGCGAAGGUGGUGAAGUCUCUUUUGUUUCAAGGAUGAUUGAUGAAUCCUUACAACUGCGAAAUCAGGUUCAAUGGUAUACUUCAAUGCUAGGAAAAUUCUCUAGUCUGUCUAAAGUCAUUGAGCAGCUGAAGGAAAAUAAAGUCGAUAACUAUGCCGUCACGGAAUUUGUACAAGGCAGUAAAACGAGAAGGUGGGCGGUUGCAUGGAGUUUUGAUGAUAAAAGGCCGAGUAUGACAGUAUCUCGUGGCUGCGGAAGUUUACAAAAGAGUUUAUUGCCAUUCCCAGCAGAGCAGACGAUUACCAUUAAUGCGCAUGAUAAAACCGCCAUUGCUACACGUCUACACGGCACGUUAUCCGGACUCAUCCCUAUAUGGAGCUGGGAAUCGACACUCUUCACAGGCAUAGGCUUCUGUGAUAAGGCUGUCUGGUCUCGAGCGUCACGAAGACACAGAAGUGAUACUAAUGAUGGAAAUUCAACUCCUCACUCGGAACUUUUGGCUAAAGAUAUGUCCUUUGGGUUCAAGAUCUCCUUGGAGACACUCGAGGCACAAGCUGAUGGGAGUAAAGUUAUUGUUCGGUGGUUGAAAGGCCACGAUAGUGUGCUUUUUGAGAGUUUCUGUGGUAUGAUAAAAAGAAAGGUACAAGACAUAUGA